AUGCCUGAGCAGCCUAACAGAAAUACGCAAUCGAAUAGCAGCGAAAAUGAGCCUCUCCUUCAACCCAAACCAACUACUCCUCAUAUCAAUCUACCACCUCAAAGCUCCCAAAUUUAUGAAGAGUUGGAGUCUAGUAUAACAGCUCUUCCUUCACCUUCGACACAUGGAGUUGAUAGAGACCACAGAUUACGCUCACCUAGACGUGACUGCUCGCAAUUUCUUAACAGCGGCUCGGAAGCUGACGAUGAGACGAUUCCAAAAUAUCAAUCUGCUGUGAUGUUCCGGUAUGGCACAGAAUCAAAAUCCACAGGGAAUAUACAAUUAGGUUCUUCAUGUUCUGUAAGCUCUGCGACAACAUUAGAAAAUAUCGAUUCCAACCGAGACCAACAACUCCAAAACUCCAGAAAAUGUAUCGGUCAAACAAACACUCUACAUACCAAUAUCAAAGAAGAACUGAACAGAAGACUUCGUCUAAAUCGAUCCUCAGCAUAUAUACGGCGAAUUCUUGAGGUCGGAAUACUCCUAACUUUGUGUAGUGUUGUAGUUCAUGAGACAGAGGUUCAGAAACUAUUAAAUACACACAAACUAGAGCUGUUCUGCCAGUUCAUUAUCACCAUAUUUCUACUUUUAAUGUACACUACAAAAUUUCUUCUUCGACAGAGAAGACUAGUCCAUUCUUCGAAAAAAACAACCUAUUCUAUUGAACCUACAGUGCUUGACCCUGCACCACUAUUAUAUCCUUCAUGUAUAACAAUUCUGGUAUCAUUAAUCAUUUUCAAGAAAGAGCCACUUGGCUUCUUACCAAGUAUUAGCCUUGCGAUCUCAUCGAUUCCCCGCGUCAUCGUACCUUCAUUCGAAGAACCAGGAAAUAUAAAUACUCUUCAUUGGAUUAUCUCUCUUAUUCCUUUAUUUCUUAGCAAAUCAUUACACAGCCACAUAUCAAUAUCAGGUAAAAUACAAGCACCGGUGCUUCCAUUUGAUCCCGAAGUACUAGCUUUAAUUCCUCCGUUACAUCAAGCUCUAUGUACUACACUAAGAUACUUGACCACCACUAGUCUACUCCCAGCCGAACUACAGCUACUUUCGAUCUCGCUUGUAAGCUUACUUCUGCACUCCAAAUCUCUGCCAGCCAUUGUACUGAAGGCACUACUCUGGGGAUGGGGUGUGGGUCUAUUACUUAGCUGUAGUAAAGUUCUCAAAUGGAACAUGAUGCUUUCAGUAGUGCCAAAGUGGCGCAUGAGACGAGAAGCAAAAGGCUCAAGUAUCUCCAAAAACAAGUGGCUGAGAUUAUUUCGAAAGUAUUUUAUUCUCAAAAACACCAUGCCUUCUAGAUUUGUUAAGAAUUCUCAUACAAAUACUUCGAGUGAUGAAGAACUAAUCCUGGGUACUCGAAAAAUAUUUUCCAAAAACUCAUCGAAAACUUGGAAUGUUAAUAGCUUGGCACCAAUUGAUAAGAAAUCUUGUCUUUCAGGAAUUGUAUCAAACUAUGAGAGCUCAAAGUGUAAAUCGAGGACUGUUGAAAAUAUCAAAUUGGCGAAAGUCACGCAUCAGAGAAAAGCUGACGCUUACAGUUCUUCUAGGCUGACAAGGAAACAAUCGUUUGGAAAACGAAAAACCACGGGUCAAAGUUCUCAGCGAUUAAAAUUAUUAACAUCUACACAAGUUAAUCUUAGGAUGUGGCUCUAUGGCGUAUAUGUUUAUUCAUGCACAUCUGUCAUCGCUUUGAUUGGUAUCAGACCUUACAUCGGAAAGUAUGCGCUAUCAGGUCACGAACCGAUUGGCUGGGUACUGGGAUACUUUUUAGGGGACCUAGCCAACUUUAGACUCUACGUUGUCACAAGAAAUCUUCAAAGAUGGAUUCCACUCCCUCACAAUGAAAUAAACCUAGCAGAAGCGUGCUCCAAAAGCUGGCUUGAAAGACUCUGCCUCUCCAUUGGCCGUGGAAACAUUCGGCUCAUGAUAUCUUGCUACUGGCUAGCAGUUACCUCUUCAGGUUUAAGCAUUGUCUUCCGCUUAUCAAGGAGGUAUGAGAUUGAUACCCGUCGAAAAAUAUUUCAUUUUAUGAUGGUUGCAAUGCUUUUACCAACAACAUACCUAGACCCCAUAUUCACUUCACUUUCAUUGUCCGUUAUUAUAGCUAUGUUUCUGCUGCUUGAGGUGUUUCGUUCUUCCUGGCUUCCCCCCUUUGCCAAACCACUAACUAGUUUAUUUAAGCCAUAUAUUGAUGGAAGAGACCUCAAAGGACCGGUUGUUAUUUCACACCUCUUUCUUCUCACUGGCUGUUCAGUUCCUCUCUGGCUCAGUCUCGGCUCUAUUCUUCUUCGGAACUCUAAUAUGAUUCAAACUUUAGACGUUCCUUUUCGAGAAGUAAGUAUGGUUAGCGGCGUCAUAUGUGUUGGAAUGGGUGAUGCGGCUGCGUCAUUAGUUGGUCGAAGAUAUGGCCGACAUAAAUGGUUCUGGGGAGGUGGGAAAAGUAUUGAAGGAAGCAUUGCAUUUGUUGUUGCUGUUGGGAGUGCUUUAGUGAUGGCUAAGGCAUGGCUAAGAAUAGGUGGUUGGCCUUCAAAUAAUGACGAUUCAUGGUUGAUAACAGUAGGGAAAGCCAGUUCAGCAGCAUGUUUAGCAAGCCUUACCGAAGCAAUUGUCACCGGUGGAAACGACAACAUCAUAGUCCCCAUUAUCUUUUGGAUUUGCGUCAAGGGGUUAGAUACUUAG